AUGUUCGCGAUUUUCAAAUGUUUCGUGUUUACGUUCGUUUUCGUCUUGCAAGUGAAAGAAAGCAGCAUGGUGGUCGUAUUAAAUGGCGUCCUCGCAGACGAAUGCCCAACGUCGGUGCGGGCGCUGCUAGCUGCACAUCCUGGGUACAGAGAUGCGGCAGCGCAGCUACUCGCUGCCGCGCCCAGGGUGGUGGCACCUCAGGGUCUGCUCUAUGUCGCGCAGAGGGAAUUGGCCGCUGUUGUUCCACAUGAUAAAAACGUCACAAUCAUAGGCUCCGAUGACGCAACUUCGUGUAUAAUAGUCGUCGUACGGCAUUCAGGUUCUGGUGCGGUAGCGCUUGCACAUCUAGAUGGAUCUGGAACGGCGGAAUCAGCAGCUGCAAUGGUAGCGAAGGUGCAGCAGCUGGCCGUAGGAUAUCCCGAAGGGCGGCUAGAGUUGCAGCUUAUCGGUGGCUUCACAGACCCACAUCGGUACUCAGAUGAACUCUUCGCAAAUAUUAUGUUAUCAUUCCAUCGCUUAACCGAAGAAAUUGACUUGACGUUGGCGUGCUGUUGCGAGCUGAACACAGCACUGACAGGGGGAUCCCCGUCUCCACUAGUGACUGGUGUGGGAGUGGAUAUCAGAGCUGGUGACUUAUUUCCAGCCACGUUCCCAGACAAGGGACCUGAAUUGCCCCUGCGCUGCGCUAGAACCAUAACCGGAGGACCUAAUUCUGCACAAGUCCUGGACAUAUACGAUAACGCAGUGGGAAUGCUUCGCAUUGGCCCGUUCAACUACGACCCCCUGAGAGGCGUCGACCUCUGGCUGGAGCAGUCUGACGAUUUUAUUCUGCAGCACCUGAGUACCACGCCCAACGUGGAACCACCACACUUUGUUCAUAAUAUCCGUGUGACACUUAAAUUCAUUCAGCAGCAUCCGUUCCCAGCAGUGACCGUCUUCCCAGACAGCAGACCGCAUUAUUACAGACGGGACGAACAGACUGGAUGCUGGUUACCCGUUCGAUUUUAA